CCGGGGGAGGAGGCACCGGAGGGGGCCGGCACCAGAGUCAGGGAUUCGGUCUUUGGUCCCCCAGAGUGCUGGACCAGAGGCGGUCCCGAGCGCCCUCGGCCUGCGCCCGCGCCACUGCACUGGGUCUCCCGGGGCUGAAGCUCCGGUGGCUGUGGGAGGUGGGCAAGGGAGGAUCGGAGGGCGCGGGCGCCCUGUGCACUGUGCAGGCGGGAGGCGGCCGGGGGCCCGGACGCCAUGUCCAUGGAGGACCCCUUCUUUGUGGUGAAAGGAGAGGUGCAGAAGGCCGUCAACACUGCCCAGGGGCUGUUUCAGAGAUGGACAGAGCUCCUCCAGGACCCCUCCACGGCCACCAGGGAGGAGAUCGACUGGACCACCAACGAGCUGAGAAACAACCUGCGGAGCAUCGAGUGGGACCUAGAGGACCUCGACGAAACCAUCAGCAUCGUGGAAGCAAAUCCUAGGAAAUUCAAUCUCGAUGCAACCGAGUUGAGCAUACGAAAAUCCUUCAUCACAAGUACUCGGCAAGUUGUCAGGGACAUGAAGGACCAGAUGUCAGCUUCCUCUGCGCAGGCGUUGGCUGAAAGGAGAAACAGACAGGCACUGCUGGGAGACAGUGGCGGCCAGAACUGGAGCACUGGAGUGCCAGACAAGUAUGGGCGCCUGGACCGCGAGCUCCAGUUAGCCAACUCCCACUUCAUCGAGGAGCAGCAGGCUCAGCAGCAGCUGAUCGUGGAGCAGCAGGAUGAGCAGUUGGAGCUGGUCUCUGGCAGCAUCGGGGUGCUGAAGAACAUGUCCCAGCGCAUCGGGGGGGAGCUGGAGGAGCAGGCAGUCAUGCUGGACGAUUUCUCGCACGAGCUGGAGAGCACUCAGUCUCGGCUGGACAACGUGAUGAAGAAGCUUGCGAAAGUCUCUCACAUGACCAGCGAUCGGCGCCAGUGGUGCGCCAUAGCCGUCCUCUUUGUGGUGCUGCUGGUUGUGCUGGUCCUCUUCCUUGUGCUGUGACGGCCCUGGAGCCCCGGAGGAGGGCGAGGUCUGCCCUGUGCCGGCUGGCGCCGUCCUCUUCUGAAAACACAGCCCGAGCUGACUUUUCUCUGUGACCACCACCGAGGCAGCUCCUCCGCCCCAGUGCUGCAGGAACCGGUGGGAAGGGGACAGAGCAACUGCACACUCCUGGCGCCUCUCCUGACCUGAGGUCAGCUCGCCACGGCCUUGCCUCUCUGGACCUCGUUCCCCAUGGAGGGUCUCUGCGGAAUCCAGAGAACUGCAGACUCAGUGAGUGUUCGCCGUUGAUCCUUCCAUCCAUCCUCGGCGGCUUCCUCCUGCUCAGUCAGCAGCCACUGUCCCCUGCAGAAGGACCCCGUCAGGAACGGGGCGCCCCCGUCCCCUCCACUGCCCCUGAGAGCUGCUGUUACGGGGCCAGAAGGCCCAGAAGCAGUGUGUGUCAGGAGAUGCAGUGGUUCGUUCUUCAGGAAUAAGGCUGCCUUCCCAGGCGUAUCUUUCUGUGGUGAGAAUAGCGGAUGGGAAACAGUGAGCAGCUCUGCGCUCUGGGAGUGCUAACACCGGGCCUCCGGACUUGGAGGGAGGAAGGGCAGCGUGACCUCGCGUGGGCACAGCUGGGCGAAGGGCGACGAGGUCCUGGGAGGUCACGGGCCUGGCUGAAUUCAGGCGGCUGUCCCAACAGCCUCUCCCUCUCCCCACAGAGGUGAGAUUUUUAUUUUAGGGUGACCCUCAAUCCAGGGCUGCUGAGCGGCCCACCUGAAUGGAUUUAGGUCCCGUCACACACUGCCUUGGCGGGACCGGGUUGGAGGAAGGGUGGCACAUGUAUUACACGUAGUUAGAAGCCGUAAUGACAGGGAAGGCUCGUUCUGGACCAGGCUGUGCUUGUCUUGUGAGUAAUGGCAAAAAGGGCAGGCGAACUAUUUUUUCCCCCCUAAGAUGACAACUCGAUUUUUAUCUCCACUCAAAUCACUGAGCCAAUCCAAAUUUAAAUAACAUAUGCUUCGGUUGAGUUUUAGUUGCUGAGACACUUAACUUCAGGCUUCUGGUGACUCUGUAAGUGCUUCCAUGUGCACAUGUUCAUAGCAUAUUUUUAUAACCGCCCGCCCGACCCCCGAAUGGCCUGACAUCGCAGCCAGAGCCCGGCGGCCUUGCUGCGUCAUCACCAUCGCCCUGCGCACGCGCAAAACGCAGCGACCCGGGGAUAAAGUUCCAGCACUGGCUUCACACCUCAUUUUUUGGGGUCCAUUCCUAACUUCUCGUGAAACUUUUUUCUUGUUUGUAUUUGUUUUCAUUUUGUUUUGGUCUCUUUUCCUAUUUUUUUGUGAUUUGCGAUGAUGUACUUGCCCAGCUAACUUUUGAAUUGCACUUUUUAAUAAAUAUUUGUAAAAUUUUAAAGAAGGGUAUUUUCUCAUGUUUAGGAUUGUGGCAGGUGAGGGAUUCUGCACACCUAUGGAAGUUAAAAGUAGAUUUAUAAAAACUGAAAGGGUCGUUGGCAUCUGUGUUUACAUUCAACAGUUUGAUAUAUAAACAUUUCUUCUCACACUAGGAAAAAAGGGUGAUUAUUACAAAGGGCUUCAGAUGUAGGGUAUAGAGUAUUUGUUUUACUAAUUUUGGGGACUUACUCAAAUAGUCUUCUUACGAACUAAGACCAGGGGCGGCCCUUAGGUUUGCAUCAGGAUACACGAGUCUUUGUUGCGACUUCGUUAAAACGUGGGGCUUGUCUUAGGACUCUCAUCCGCUCUCUCCACGCCACACCGGGCACCCGGAUUCUGACCUAUGUGGCCACCGCAUUUCGAAGCCAUGCCGUCGUCCGUCCUGCUCUCCCCAGACCUGCUGUGCCCUGCAGAACUGCCGUGUGUGUCAGGAGGCCCUGCUGGGAACAUGCCUGACCCAUGGAUACUCCCCUGACUGACUUCAGGGACCAAGUUUUGUGACCCUGAGGCUUAAUUACCUAACGUUUGGAUAUAUUUAGAAUCGACAUGCCCACCCCACCAAUUUCCGUGUUGGCUAUACAGUGACUACCGUGGUCCAGACUCAUGGGCGGAAGCUGAAUAGAGAAACGCUCAGAAAGGGAACAUGUGCUGAACAUAGGAGCCCUAGGCGCAGUCUGCCGGCGGGGCCACUGCAGCCCACACUCGAAGGGGCCGUUCCUUGGCAGCCGCCUCUUCAGGUGUUCCGCAGCUGGCUCCGCCCCAGACAGCACUCCUGGCCACGCUGGCUCGACCCUGGGUCUCACUCAGCCUGGUGCAUCCUGACUGGGCUGUCACUAUAGACAAGAGGUCAUUUGAAAGCCCUCCACUCAGCCUCCAAAUUGGUGAUGAAGAGGACAAGCCGGGGGCUUAGGUUAGGCUGAGGCUGCUAGAAUGACAUCUUGUAGCAGAGCUGGGCUCCUUCCCUCCUUCAGUCUUCACACCUCACCCCAUAUUCAUCACCUAAAGAACUGGCAGAAUGAGGUGGGUAACGGAGAAAGAACUCCAUUAACGUUCAUGGGAAGGACACGUCGCUGACCACUGACUUGGAGGUAGAGUGAGCACCGAACCGCGGAGUUUGCCGGGAUGGGACCCAACUGCAAAAGUGAAACACCCCUGGUUUCAGUGGAACGUCUGACCGCGCCUGUGUGGGAACGGAACAGCCCCAGUGCCCCGCGCGCCACCACGGUGUGGCAGCUGUCACAGGAGGAUCUUCACGCCCGAGCCCGAGGGGGAGAAGCUUGGCGGCUUGCCCAUCACUCUCUGCUUUUAGCCGGAGUUAAACAGACUGAGGGGUUUGGGAGCCAAGGACUUGGCAACUUCCCCUCCUUCUCACCUCGUGAGAUUAGGGCUGUGAAGAGAAAUCUGUCUCUGUUAAGGGCUGCACCUUCUGUACGUGAAGGCUGCAGAGCCAGCAUUCUGCUCUUGGCAAUCUUCCUGGCUGUGAAGUGGGACUGAGCUUUCCAGAGAAUUCAUAGCACUGGAAGAUCUAAAAACUGAAUGAUACAAAUGAGUUGCUCUUCCACUCUGUGGACUCUGGCCUGUGUGGCUUUGCCUUGGAAAUGGCGGAACGGAUUUGUAAACAACACAAAAUUCAGACUGUCUGCAAAGCCGAAGUUCUAAUGAUGGGACGCACUUCCUUUAAACUUCCCUCCUGUCUUUCUCUUGCUGCCCUUUCUUUCCCUCCCAGAUAUUUUAAGAAAAAAUUUUUUUCCCUUGAAGAGUGCUCUUUGUUCAUCAUGAGCAGAGAGAAGGCGAAACCAAAAGAUUUGCAGACGGGGAGGGAGCCCCGUAGCCCCUCCGCCUCAUCUCCCCUGACCGAGGGCAUCUCUCUGGGAGUGCUCCGAAGGAAGGCCCUGUGAGCCUCCACUUCCGGUGAGGGCAGCUGUGUCACCUGGCUGGCACGAUAACAGCAGGUGGUCUUCCCCAAUGGCCAGCUGCCCUUACCCGGCCCCCGGCCUUCACAAAACAUAUGCUUAUCCUCAAAGGAAGGAGGCCCUGUUCGCACAAGGCCUGCCUCCGGCUGUCAACUCCCUCCAUGCUUACUCGAUAAUGGUCCCUGGGAAACUGCUGUUUGGGGUCAAGUCCAGAAGCCAGGAACAGGGAGAACAGCCCUGCUGUGGCCCUCCUGGUGCUGGGGCUGACGCUCCAGAGCAGCUGACAUCUGGGGUUCAUGUCUCUGACAGUAGUAAGCUCAGUGAACUCGAUCACUUAGUUCAGUCUCCUCGUUUCAAGAGACAAUAGCAGCUCUCCCAACAGACGGAGUCGUUUUGAUGCGCUGCAUCCUGAACUUGGCCCAGGGGCCCUCACAUUCUGGGACAAGCUGGCCUCAGCAACAUGACUAAAGGGCAGCUGGUGGUACCUUGUCAUGGUCACCCCAGCUGUUUGAUGCCUUUUGCCUUUGGACAAACACCAAAGCUCUGAAAGUGACAGGCACCUGGGUCACGCUGCUGCCAUCUACAUGUAUUUGGGAGUUCUCUGCAUGACAGUCUCUUUCUUUACUGACUCAGCCAUCUGGGGAAGUGGGAAAGAAAGAAAAAUAACUUGUUCCCCUGUGACCUAAGUUCUGGCGUUGGUGUUUUCCUUCUGACAUGACCUUCGUCCUUCCUGAGGCCGUGCCGUGGGAGCUGCGUUUAGAUCACACGUAACCUGCCCUACUGCUCGGCUUUCACACAGGCGGUUCAUGGACUGGGUUUGCCAGCCGCAGCCUGACCCUUGUGAAGAAGUGUGUUUCACCAUUUCAUUUUUAAGGUUAUGAGUGUUCAAACCCAGAAGCCACUUGGUUAUUUGGGAGGUGUUAGAUAUUAGACCACCCAGCUUCACUGUUCUCUGACCACAGCUUUCCUGGCCCUGGUGACAGCCGGGGCUGCUCUCCAGCCAAGCUUUCUAUCAGCCCCAGGGUGGGAGCAAGUUCAAGGUGGUUCUUUCCUGCUCUGUAGAAAGCAGGUUUAGCUGAGACCCACUAACUGAAUGGCAGUUUCGGCCAUGCAAAUAAGGUCUCUUCUGGGAGAGGCAGAUGUCCUAAUCCUCAGGAAAACAGUGCUCUGUCAUCCAUUUGGGGCGAGGAGAAGCCAGCCAGGUGUCCCUAAUAAGCUCCUGGACCUGCUUGUUUGGGAAAUGCCAUGCGAUUACAUCCCCAACUGGCCCAGGCUGGGAGAAUGCCCAGCGGGAGGGGCAGCCUGGAAACCAGGGAAGGGCCAAAGAAAGCAAGCUGUAAACGAUUAUGGCUUCAUUUUCUUGUUGAGUGGAAAUACAAUUUUACUGGCUCAUUUGUUAUUAGAAAUGAGUAUCAUUUAAACGUAGAAUGUGUACUACAAGGCAAUGCUCAGCAGGACUAACCUGUCAUAUUUUUCUUCCAAGGAUAAAUAACCUUGUAGCGUUUCUUUUUAAAUAACUAGAAGGUACAAACUAAAGAAGUGAGAUCAAAGAGUAGAAGUGAAGCUGCCUGGGUGAUUUCCAGACGGUGCUUCCCCUUGUCCCCGACCCCCAGCCUUGCCGGAGGCCUGGUGACAGCAGUUUACAGCCCUGGCCACAGGUAAACAGGUCCUGCUUCUCCGUACGGCGGGUCUCCAAGUGUAGGAGCAGCAGCAGCAGUAUCCCCUGGGAACUUGUUAGAAAUUCAGAUUCUCAGGCCCACGCAACCUCCCAGAGGGGGUGGGGCCAGCAGGCUGUGUUUCGUGGGCCCUGAGGAGAUCCUGAGCCCUCUCCGGUUUGACAACCACUGCUACUACUUUGUGGGAUUCAGGCUACAAUGAGCCAUCCCUGCAAAAUAAAGCAUCUCCCACGACAUUCGCUGUGGUCCCGAUGUUAAACAAAAUUUGAUGACACUAUAAACUGGAAAAAUGUUUUUAAAUACUCGUGUGAAAUGAAACUUCAGCUAGCUGUCCUUUAAAGUGAUAUUUUUACACCCAAAGUCUAUCAGCAAUGUUUUUUUUUUCCUGCUCUUGAAAUCAUGUUACAACUGUAUAAAGGAUACUAUUCAGUAUUAAAGAGAAAUGGAGAGACCA